AUGGAUGACUCGAAGAAAAGCGCCGUGGAACACCGCGAAAUUGUCGACAGCUACACCAAGCCGAAGGAAGUCUCAGAUGUGACGGGCACGGUCAGGUUGGCAGAGGAGUCUGCAACGUGCCUAAUUCCAACACCGAAUCCGUUGAACCUGUCUCCAUGGCGCAAGUUCAUCUUCGUCAUGCUGGUCUCCGUCUUCUCCUCCAUCGGCUUAUCUAUGGUAUCCGGAUUUGGCGGCUUGCUCAGCUUCUACAUCCCUGGCUACUCUGCUGCCGGUGCCGACUAUGCAGACAUUACCGCUCUGAUGACUUACCCUUCAAUGUUCAUGGGGAUUGGAAACAUCAUCUCUGUCCCUAUCGCUCUGGCGAUUGGUCGACGUCCUGUUUUCAUGUUCUCCACCCUUUUGCUCAUCUUCUCAGCUGUGUUGUGUGCGUUUGCGAAGGAUUAUACCUGGCACUUCUCAGCACGGCUCGUUCUCGGGCUGGCGGCCGGUCAAAGUGAGGCGCUCGUUCCUCUUAUGGUCCAGGAAAUCCACUUUCUUCACGAGAGAAGUCACACGCUGAUGCUGCAGUCGGCAACUCAAACCAUCCUCAGCGCUGUCCUCGUUCUCUGCGCAUCGCCUAUUGCUGGUGCCAUAACUCCGCGAUACUGGUACAUCCUGGGGGCAGGAGUGACAGUGCUCCAGUUCAUCCUGUCGAUAUUCUUCGUUCCGGAGACGAGGUACGAGCGGCCUCUCAGCGCCUACCAAGCAAAUGAUAUGGUGCAAUGGACAUCGGCAAGUGGAGAUGGAUCAGGAGAAGUGCUCGCUCCAGUCACAACAUCGACACGGCCUCCGCUCGACCUGAUCAACCAUCAACCCCGUACUGUACUUUCUGAUAUGCGGCUCUUCGUCGGGCCUGCAGAUUGGAAGCAGGCGUACUACACGCUGAAGGCGAUGGUGCAAGUGCUCUUCUUCCCGAACGUCUUCUGGGCCUUUUGCCUCAACGGGUUGACGAUCGGAGUCAACAUCGCCAUCGGAACGACGUACGCAGCAGUGAUCGAAGCGCCGCCAUACAACUGGUCAUCGUCGGCGGCAUCGUACGUCAACGCGGGGCAGAUCGUGACGGCGCUGGUGGCACUUCCAGCGCUGGGCACGGGAUCGGACAAGAUAAUCAAGUGGCGGGCGCGGCGUAACGGCGGCAUCCAUGAGCCAGAGAACCGGCUGCUUCCGCUGGUGGUGCCCGUGUGCGUGGGGGUGCUCGCGGCCACCAUCUACGGCGAGGCGUGCCAGCACCCGGACCGCUACCACUGGUUCGCCCUCGUCUUCGCCAACGCCGCCUACUACUUCUGCUUCGUCGGCGCCAACAUUGCUGCCAUCACGUACCUGCUCGACUCAUACCCGGCAAGGGGAGGCCCGCUGCUGGUCGUCAUUUGCGCGUUGCGCGGCUUCGUUAGCUUCGGGACGAGCUACGGCGUAGCCAAGUUCAUUGAGACGGAUGGGUAUGACGGCUCGUUCGGGACAUACGCCGGGUUGACGGCCGUGUUUGGCGUGCUGGGCAUCGUUGUUUUCUUCACGGGCAAGCGUAUUCGGGCGUUUACUGGUAAAUGGGCGCAGGCUGCCGACCCCACGAAGCCGACCAUGUGUCAUUGA